UCUAGCCAUUUCAACUUGACACCAGGGUCGAUUUCUUUGCUGGGGCUUAGUAAUGGACCUCGCCAAGUUUGCUUUCUUUUCAGUAUUCUUUUAUUCAGCUCACCUAACAGUAGCAGCACCACUGUGUCAAGAUAAACUGGACAAGUGUUCUGAUUAUGCAAAUUACUGCGGCAGAUACGACAACAUAAGGCAGCAGUGUCCACGGACUUGUAAUCAGUGCGCCACAAUUCAUCCCUCGUUGUCCGUAACUCCAUCGCAAAGCAUAUCCACCAAAGCUACAACGCACACUUUCACUCCGCCGCAAAGUUCGACGGCUACGUUUGACGGCCUGGUUCCUGAACAAAUUGCCGCUUCGGUAUCACAAGCUCCAUCUCGAACGCAAACAUUGGAAGCAUUUUCAUACAGCCUUGCAAAAACACAAGCUACUUACUCGGUGUCACAGACGCAAAAAGCAAUAAGUUUUUUUAAUGACUUCACCAAGGCUCAAAGCCCCAGGGAUGUUUUACCACGCUCCUCCAGUUUUCCAACCGAAACCACUGAUAAUGCAUCAGGGACAAAAUAUUUGGGAGAAGACAGAAAAAAGCGAAAAAAUAUUGCCAUCAGAAAAGCUGCAUCAAUAACAAAUAUCUUGGCUAUAACGACAGUCUCGUGGAUGUAUGCAUUCCUGUUACAGAGGUAACUUUAACAGUGAUUGUUCAAAAUGAUGAGAGCGUUCUUCUACUAAGUGUCGUGAUGUAAAUAUCAUAGAAAACUCAACAGUCACUCAGGAGGAAGGGUAGUGUCACCAAGACCUGGCAAGAACACGAAGUAAAAACACUUGAGCCGCGUAAGACACGGAGAACCGCAAGAGACGAAGUCACGCACGCCUAGCCAUGGGUUUAUUUUUGCUUUCGACUGGGCUGGUACAAGUAUCCUUGGCCUCGGACCAGUGCCAUACCGGAUUAAACUUGAUUGCCGUAGCUUCCAGAGUGAAUAUGUUUUUUCAAACGGAUUGCUUUUCAAAAUAUCCAAAGAUAAAGUUGUUUUUUUUGUUUUGUUUUGUUUUUUGUUUUGUUUUCAUUUUUUUAAGAGUAACCCUGUGAGGCUUAAGCAGAGCAGUUUGUAGAUAAGAAUAAAUUAAAUAUCUGAGACUAGUAGGUCGGACGAACUAGAAAACUACUUUAUUUAUGUUUAACUUUUCCGUGGAAAGAAUGAUCUUUAAAUUUUUCUUAUAGGUCUCUUUAGUAAUUUCUCUGUAUAUUACGUUACAAAAUCAACGUUUUUCAUUUCUGCUCUGUUAAUUAACCCUUUCAUUCCCAGAAGUGAUCAACAUGCAACUUCUCCCUCUAAUAUCUAUACACUAUUCAGUAAACAGGUAAUGAGAAUACUCAAACUUAUCAAGUAGAAGUUGAUGACUUGAUCUAACGUCAAAUUCUAGUAACUAAUCAGAAAGGAAUUGCGUAGCAGCUAGAGGGGAGAAUUAGCAAUCAGAUCUUGUGAUUUAAAGGGUUAAUAAUUUUUACAUUUUCUUUCAAAGCUCACCCGUAAUUGUGCUAUGGAUUAGUUUCAUAGCGAAUUUACUAAUAUGUAAGCAAACCACCGUUCAGCAGAUGAGUUUAUCAAUUCUCGUCAUCUGUUUUCUU